AUGUCUGUCAACUCUGAUGAUCUUUCAACAGAAGAUCGUACGUUUGAAAGUCUGAAGGAAGCGAGUGAGUUUCUUACAGAAGAUCGUGCCAUGGAAGAAAGUGAGCAUGUAAUGAAGGAUAGAACUGGAGAAGUUAAAGAAGUUGAACGUGUUCAAGUUGAUCGUGAAAACACGGAUGAAGAUCUAAAACACCAAUUAGAAAGGCUGUGGAAAACAGACUUCGAAGGUUCCCUGGUCGAAACCAAAGUGUGCCCGUCGGUGGAAGAUAAGAAAGCGCUACAAAUAAUGGAAAAAACACUGAAGAUAGUGGACGGUCAUUUUCAAGUUGCUCUGCCAUGGCGGAAUAAUCCACCAUAUUUGCCCAAUAACAAGAUGGUAGCAGAAAGACGGGGUUUGCUUCUAAAAAAACGCCUCCUCCGCGAUGACGAGCUGUUGAAAAAGUAUCGGACAAUGUUGAAUGAGUACCUAGAAAAGGGUUACGCUGAGAAAAUCCCUAAAGAGCAAUUGGACAUGGAGAACAGACCGAUCUGGUAUCUCCCGCACCACCCGGUUACGCAUCCCCUGAAGCCCGAAAAGGGUCGAGUGGUAUAUGAUUGUGCAGCAAGUUAUGGGCGAACGUCGUUGAAUCAACAGCUCUUGCAAGGUCCAGAUCAAACAAAUCAACUGACUGGCGUGCUUAUCAGAUUCCGAGAAGAAUCUGUUGCAAUGGUUGCAGAUGUAGAAGCAAUGUUCCACCAGGUCUUGGUGGAACCCCGCGAUUGCGAUGCACUACGGUUCUUAUGGUGGCCGAGCGAAGAUCUUUUUGGCGAGAUGGAGGAAUAUAGAAUGAAAAGACACCUAUUCGGGGCUACGGCUUCGCCUAGUGUUGCUAAUUUCUGCUUGCGUAAAACAGCAGAGUUACAUCAAGAUGAAUUUAACCCUAUGGCUAUAGAGACGGUGAAACGUAAUAUGUAUGUCGAUGAUUUGAUGAAAUCAUCGAAGGAAACAAGCGAGGCGAUAGGCUUAGUGAGUCAACUGCGCCAUCUACUCGAAAAGGGCGGUUUCCGUCUCACAAAAUGGUACAGUAAUAGCAGAGAGGUGAUGAAAACGAUUCCCGAAACAGAAAGCGCCAAAUCUGUGAAAGAUUUUGAAUUGGACCGGUUGCCUACCGAAAGCGCUCUUGGCAUCAAGUGGAAUACCGAAGAAGAUAAAUUUGAGUGGGAUGUCUCGGAGAAAAUGUUGCAAUUAGUAAACGAAGCUUCGGUCACUCGGCGAGCGAUCGUAUCAGCUGUUUAUUCACUCUUCGAUCCUUUGGGGUUUAUUGCACCCUACGUAAUGAAAGCUAAGUUGUUGCUACAUAUGUUAUGUAGAAAGGGAGUUGGAUGGGACGAUCCACUUCAAGAAAACGAGAAGGCGCAAUGGAAACGAUGGUUGGCUGACCUUCCAAAGUUACAAGCAAUACGUGUAGAUCGCUGUUUCAAACCCGUUGGAUUUGGCGUCGUCAAGGAAAUACAUGUACAGCUACACCUCUUCUCAGACGCCUCGCGACUUGGCUACUCGGCAGUUGCAUAAUAUACCUCCGUUUAGAAGAUACCAAUGAACAGAUUCAUUGCGCAUAUGUUAUGGGAAAAGCUAGGCUUGCUCCCUUACGAGAGAUUUCAAUUCCAAGAUUGGAACUAACCGCUGCAGUUAUCUCCGUGAGACUUUCCAAGAUCAUACAAGAAGAGUUGGACCUGGAGAUAGAAAGAAUUCACCACUGGACAGAUUCGAUGUCUGUCCUGAAGUGCAUUAACAACGAAAGCAAGAGAUUCCACACCUUUGAAUCCAACCGCCUGACAGUAAUCCGCAGUGGUUCUGAUCCCUCCCAGUGGAUGUAUGUGAACCGAGAUGACAACCCUGCCGACGACGGUUCCAAGGGAGUUAAAUUGGACGCCAUGACAUCUAAUGAUCGGUGGAUAAAUGGUCAUGAGUUUCUUUUGAACGACGAAACCCACUGGCCUACGAUGAUUCAAGUCCCGGUUUUGAAGUCUGAUGACCCCGAAGUGAGAAAGGAAGCUCAGAUUUACGCAACCACAGUACGAUGUAACGUCUUGGAGAUGUUGAUCUCACAUCACUCCAGCUGGUGGAAGUUGAAAUGCUCGGUUGCAUGGUUAUGACGCUGUAAAGAAUGUCUUCGAGCCAAGGUGAAGCUAAAGAAGAGCUCAGUCGUGGUCGAUACUGUAGUCGUCUCAACAGCGAAUGUUGGACGUCUUACGGUAGAAGAAUUGAAGGCGGCUCAAGAUGAAAUCCUUCGAUAUGUACAACUGACUGCGUUCCCAGAAGAAUUGAAGAUACUCACGGUUGCUGAACGUGCUAACAAAACCGGAUAA